UAUGUUAGAUCUGCUAAUAAAACAAAGUAUAAAUUCCCCACAAAGAGCAGCCGCACAGACUCUUCAUCCCCCUUCUCCUCCUCCUCUGCUCUUCUCUUCUCUCCCACACCAUCAACACCAAGCCAAAUCCAAUGAAGCCUCACCAACAAGAACAAUCAACCAACCAAAACAACCAUUACCAACUCCUCCAAUCCCCCAAACUCUUCCUCAACUCUAUCUCCUUUCUCCCCAAGAUCCUCACUUUCUUCCUCGUCUUCGGCUUCGGCCUCACCUUCGGCAUCAUCUCCACCUCCUACCUCAAUUCCUUCCCUUUCCCCUUCCCCUUCCAACCCUCCCAACUCCAAUCCCCCACCCUUCCCCCUCAUAACCAGUCACCACCACCACUCUCACCUCCGCCUCCCCCUCCGCCUCCGCCUCCGCCGCCGAGAGCUCGAACCGGUCUCAAAGGAUACAUCGAGCCAAAUGAAAUCAAACAUGACAUGACAGACGAGGAGCUGCUAUGGAGAGCUUCCAUGGCACCGAAAACAAGUUCUUUUCCUUAUAAACGAGUCCCCAAGAUUGCAUUUUUGUUCUUGACGAGGGGACCCCUCCCCUUCGUUCCGCUGUGGGAGAAGUUCUUUGAGGGGCACCAUGGCUUCUAUUCAGUCUACGUUCAUGCCGAUCCCUCCUACAACCACUCCUUCCCGGUCGGGUCAGCCUUCCAUGGCCGCCGAAUUCCGAGCAAGGCAGUACAAUGGGGAGAACUGAGCAUGAUGGAGGCAGAACGCCGCCUUCUCGCCAACGCCCUCCUCGACUUCUCCAACGAACGCUUCAUCCUCCUCUCCGAAUCCUGCAUCCCUCUCUUCAAUUUCCCCACCGUCUACUCCUACCUCCUCAACUCCACCACCUCCUUCGUCCAGUCCUUCAACAACCCCGCCCCCAACUGCCGCGGCCGCUACAACCCCCACAUGCGCCCCGUCAUUCCCGACGCCUCCUGGCGCAAAGGCUCCCAAUGGUUCGAACUUAGCCGCCCGCUCGCCAUCCAUGUCGUCGCCGACGACCGCUUUUUCCCCGUCUUCCGCCGCUUCUGUCAUCCUUCCUGCUAUGUCGACGAGCAUUACUUGCCCACAAUGAUCACCAUGAGCUUCGGCCACCUGAAUGCCAAUCGGAGUCUUACAUGGGUCGAUUGGUCGCACGGCGGGGCGCAUCCGGCGAGGUUUAUUCGUCCCGCGGUCACGCCGGAGCUGUUGCGGUGGAUGAGGGGCGGCUCCACUUGCGAGUAUAAUGGGAGGAAUACUACGGUUUGCUUUCUUUUCGCGAGGAAGUUUCAUUCGAGCUCGUUGACAAGGUUGUUGAGAUUUGCUCCAAAGGUCAUGGGUUUUGGCGGGAGGUAGUUUUGUAAAUGUAGAAUUUUUUUGAUGGUUUGUUAUUUAAUUUGUUGAUUGUUUGCUAAUAAUGUGAAGAAAAACUGCAGCUGAUUUUCAAUAGCUGAGAUGAAGGAUUUGUCGAACCAAGUA